AUGCCUGAUAACACUGCUCCCCCCGCCCCCCUUUCGAAAAACGCCCUCAAGAAGCAGGCAAAGGCAGAGCGGUUUGCAGCCAACAAGCUCGAGCGCCGGGCGCGCGAGAAAGAAGCGCGCAAAGAGAAGAAACGACUGCACGCGUUGAAGCGAGCAGCCGGCGAGCUCGACGACGAGGAUGAUAAGAGGGCCAGCAAGAAACCGCGCGUCGUGACCGAUUUUAAGGGGAAAGUAGUCCUCGAUCUUGGCUUCGAUGAUAAGAUGAAUGAGAAGGAAAUUGUAUCGUUGACAUCGCAGCUAGCGUAUACCUAUAGCGCAAACCGUCAUGCAAUGUAUCCAUUCUCCCUCUUCUUCUCGUCAUUAAACGGCCGCACCUUGGCCCGUCUGGAAAGUUUGAAUGAUGCUGGAUAUAAGCGAUGGACCAACACGCAAUGGUGGCAAGAGGGAUACGAGAAACUGUGGGGUGACGGUGUAACGGAACAAGGCAACGUCGUCUAUCUCACGGCAGAUGCAGACUAUGAACUCCUGGAACUCAAAGAAGACGAAACCUACAUCAUCGGCGGAAUAUGCGAUCAUAAUCGGUACAAGAACUUGUGCUUGAAUAAAGCCAAAGAAUCUGGUGUUCGUGCUGCGAGGCUGCCCAUCGGGCGCUACCUUGCCCAGAUGCCCACUCGCAAAGUGCUCACCGUGAACCAAGUAAUGGAGAUCCUCAUCAAAUGGGCGGAGACUAAAGACUGGGAACAGGCCUUGUAUGCCGUCGUACCCAAGCGGAAGUUCCGGACAAACGAACCGGAAGCAGAGGAAGAUGAUGGCAAGGAAGGCCAUGAAGUUAUUGCAGCGGAUGCUCGACCGGAUGACGCCAGCUGA